GUAAAUAUGCACAGAAUUUGCAGACAGUUUAUUAACUUGAUCACAGAUUUUUGAAAAAAUGACCUGGCAUCCGUGGUGUUAACAAAAAAAAAACGGUGAAAAAAAACGUAACGCUACGAAGUAAACAAUAAUUAAACAAUUCACUUUUACCUGAAAAUAUUUUAAUUCACUUUUUUCGAUGGAAGACGAACAUGAUUAUACACCUCCUAAGGCCCGAAAAGUCACCAUUACACUACCAAAGGGAAUAACGUUGAAAAAUUUACCACGAAAAAAAGAUAAAUCACCUUCAGAUUCAAUAGAAAUGGUAGAAAUUCAAACCGGCAAUGGACUUAAAGCGAUAAAGAGAAAGGUUCCAAUUAUACGACAACCAGGGGAACUUAUCGUCCCUAAACAAUUUAAAUCUUCUGAAACCGUAACAGUUUCUCAAUCACCCUCAUUUGACUUCCCAUUGAUAAAGAAAGAAUGGACAAGGGUUCCCCCGCCUGGCGUGAAAACAGCUUUGAAGGAGGAUAGAUCGGCGGAGCUUUCGCCAGAAACAGAAGAGUUUGAUGACGAAACAUCACAGGAGUGCGACCAGUCAGAGUCCUCCAAUGAACGAUUAGACCGAAUCGAAAAAAAGUUGGACCGCAUGCUCUCGAUACUCAAUCAUCAUGAUUCUGUUCUCAAAGGUCUAAAGUGGAAUAUGAAAGACUUGCGACUUGAAAUUCAGAACAUGCCUAAAGCGUCGACUGAAGAAGUUUACAUUACUGAUAGGGAUCCGGUUCCAGUGUUAAGAUCAAACAAGCGAACGAUUUUCUUUCCGAUUGCAGACGAUGCAUAUCUUUUGCGACUUGAUGAGCUAGCCCAGGCAGAUGAAGAUACACGUGACGAAUUGACCAGUUUGUAUGAUGAAGCACCGAGUACCAGUUUGUACGAAUAUUUACGCAAGAACAUUGGUCAGCUUUUCCAAAAUACAUCUAGAUACACUUGGACAGGACGUCCUUCUAAUGCUACACCGAUGGGGCCACUUUCCAAUGCGGCUCACAAAUUGAAUAUAAUCGAUUUACUGAUAUUAACUGCACGUGACAAAUUCUACAACGCAAGUCGUGAUUUGAUAGAAAGAGAAUUCAAACGGGCGCUAACUAAUUUUAACGAUACUAAAUAUAGCAAACAGAAACGUCGAAUGGAACAAAAACUUCAAGAAUAAAGUUUGACUUGCGAAUGUUUAAUACACUACAGUACUACAGUUCUAA